UAGGUAUGUGUAACAGUUCACAACAUUUCCACUGUCACUGCAGUUAUAAAUAAACAUAAUGAAAACUUAAUCGUUGAUGUUUGCUAGCAUACUCAUUUUGUCGGUCACAUCGGUUUUUUCGGACAGCUCGUUGGAUUUUGACCUUGAGGACGGUUAUUCCUAAAUUGACCUAGAGUUGUAGGAAAAUUGUGCUACUUUUAAGUAGGGUUCAGUGAUGUAGGCCUGAAUUGUUUGGUUACACUGGCCAUCGGGUAUAGCUAGCGAGCCUUAAUUUGACGAAGCAACAAAGGAGAUCGAAGAGCCGAGACCAGCAUUCUUGUUUUUUUUUUAAUCGUACUUUAUUUUCCUGUGGGGAAGGCUAGGUCUAAGUUUAAUUUUUAUUUAAGUUUAACUUUAGGUGGGGAUAGUUAUUUUAGCGCACAGGGCGGUGUUCGCUACGUACUGCUAUGGCCUCCAAUUUCGAACAAUUAUAAUCCUCCGCGCUUUGCUCGGCCUGUGCUAGGCGCUAGUGUUGACGUUAAAGUCGGAAAAGACUAUCCAGACCCGUUGAUAGGGUCUAGCCGGGACUGCCCCCCUGUGGCUGGCCAAUGGACGACCAAUAGGGCAGGUCUACAUGUGGAGAAUAUGCUGAAGAAAGCGCUGUGAGUCUGUGCUUACUGGGAACGGUGGAGAGAGCUGCAAGAUGGAGAGCACAGUGGUCAGGACCUCAGACUCCUCAACUGAUAAAUAUUUUUAUUUGAAAUGGAUCAACAGUCUCCUGAAGACAAACUUCAAAAAUGUGGAGGAGAUGGGUUCAGGUGCGUGCCACUGUCAGAUGAUGGACUGUGUUUUUCCUGGAUCUAUUGACAUGAGCAAGGUGAAGUUUGAUGCACAAAGUGAGGACGACUGUAAGCACAAUUUCAGACUACUCCAUGAGGCCUUCAGCACAAAUGGUAUCACAAAGAAAAUUCCAGUUGAGAAGCUCAUAAAAGGGGAUUUUAACAGCAACAUUAAGUUCCUCAAGUGGUUCAAGGGCUUCUACGCAGAAAAUGUGAAAAGUAAUGAUUAUGACGCUGUGAAAGCUCGUGACAGCUGUGAUAUCAGCCCUAUUUUGGUGUCUCCUAAGUCAGAGAGAUCUAAAGAGUCUGACACGGAGGAAAACAGCAAAACGACUAAAAGGUUUCCUUACAGCGAGAAGUGGAAUGAUGUUUUUGCUUGGGCUGAGCGCAGUUCUCGCGGAGACAACUAUACCUACUGUUCCUCCUGUGGUACUGACCUUAGCACUAUUAACAAAGGCUUUUUUGAACUUAAGCGCCAUGUGGAAACAACCAAACACAGGAAAAGGGCUGCGAAGAAAAGAUGUGGUGCAAGAACACAGGUCACUGAGUCACUGCCUUGCAGUGAUGAAGCUGUCCAGUUUAUUUACAAUCACUGUUACACUGGAUCUGCUAAAGGUCAGCAGGGAUAUAGACAUUUUGCGCGUUGUAAGCUGGGAUCACAGUACCCCAAAGAUAUCAUAUCUGCCUGCGAAAACACUCCUUACUGUUUAUACAUUUAUGGAGGGGUACCUGUAGGAAAAGAUGAAGCAGUCUCUGUGUUGCUUGUUGGGUUUUUUGAUGUUGAAGCCUCUAGUCGCUGCAUCAGAUUUCUGGAUGCUCUUCAGGCAGGGGACGGUGCAGGAGAUCAGUCUGCAGCAGCAGUUGUGGGUAGCUUGAAGAAAUUUGGGCUAUCCACAGAUAAUCUCGCUGCCGUUUAUCUAACUGGCAAUGGUUCAGCCACAGAGGAAAUCUGUUCUAAACUCAGGGAACUCAACGCAAACAUCGUAACCUUAGGAGGCCUGUACACCAUCGCUGAUGCUGCUUGUCGUGCUGCCAUCAAGGAGCUCUCCAAUCAGGUUCAAGAACUGAUGGUAGACCUCCAUGAACACUACUCUGCCUGCUCUACAAAGAAUGAAAACCUCAAAGAUCUUUUUGACUCAGAUGUCAGCAAUGACAGCGCAUCGCUUCACACCAACACCAGCUGCUUUAGAGUUUGUCUGUUGGUCACAAAAAUAUUGGAAAUGUGGACCGAUCUCACACUGUACUUUAGUUCUUGCAAUGAAGAUGAGAAGACUAAGUCCAUCUGUUCUCAGCUUAAUGAUCCCAAAGUUAAGGCAAUGUUUAUGUUCCUGCAGCAGGCCUUAGAGCCUCUGCACAGUUUUCAAAGGAAAACACAGGAAGCUUCUGGUACUAAUAUUGAGCUUAUUCUAGAAGAAGCCAAUAGUCUGAUUUCCAUUUACACCUCCUACUUCCUCAGUCCACAGGCUGCUGAUCGUUUCCUCAUUGAACGUGAUGUCCAAAUUCUUAAGAACAAGAAUUUCCACCUGCCAAGCUCUGAACUCUGUCUGGGUAAAAAAACUGUGGAAGACUUUCUGAAAACGUCUGAAGCUGCUGAGGCACUGCCACUAUUACAGGAGGAUGUAUUAUCAUUUUAUAUUGCACUCACUGGUUGUAUCGCAGAGGAGCUGCCUUUAAAUUACUCAGUGCUGAAGGGCAUCGCUCAGCUGCUGAACUCACAGAGCAGGCUGAAAGUGACAGAGGAAACAGUCGGGGAGCUGGGCACCAAGCUGGGAAUCUGCAACUUCCCUGAGGAAGUCAAACAGCUCACGAAUGAAUUCCUUGAGUAUCAGAAGGCUCAGGAGGGAGAGGCCGAGGAUGGAGGGAAGGGCAGCGCAGCUGUGGUUUCACUGGAAAACAUACUGAAUGACACCAAGCCAGCCUCAAUCUUCAGGAAGCUUCUUUUGAUCCUUUUGUCUUUCCCAUGUCCUCCGCUGGAUGCGCAGCAGGUUUUUACUCAGGCCUUGGAGAAUGAUCAUGUUUGUGGAGUCUCUGACAGUGAAGCCUUAACAGAAAGUGAGUUGGAUGUUACGUCUGACACUUUCUCUGACAGCAGCAAGAACUAUCAAGUUCGCACACGAGGUCAGAAUGGCCUUCCUUUGAAAGUGAAACCAUGUGAAGUCCGCCUUACAAAAAUAGAGCCAGGUGAUGGAUAUGAAAAUAAACUUGGAGUGAAUGGUGCCUUAUGGAAAGAGGGGACCAUUAGGGGGAAUUUUGGCUGGGAGAGCAGCUUGCGCCAGAAGCCAAAGACCCGUACAGUGUUUCAGGCUGGUGAUAACACCUGGUCCAAACCCGUAGAUCUUGAUAAGGACAGCAAAAAUGAACUGGGGUCCCAAGAUGAUGUGUCGGAAGACUCUUCAACGCCCAAUAAACACACACCAACCAGAGCACGACGUAAACCGGCCUACCAGGAUGGUAAAGGGUUUCUUACAGGAGUGCUGGUGUGGGGUAAGGUUAAGGGGUUUAACUGGUGGCCUGGGAUGGUGGUGCCAUGGAAAACCAAGUGUGCUCCUGUGGGUAUGCGGAGGGUGGAGUGGUUUGGAGACGGGAUGUUCUCAGAGGUAUACACUGAGGGUCUUACGCCAUUUGCUGCCUUCACUAGGUGCUUCUGCAAAAACUCCUUUGCCAGCUUGCCCAUAUACAAGAAAGCAAUCUACCAAAUCCUUGAGUUGGCAGGUGAGAGGUGUGGAAAGUCUUUUCCUGAGGCUCAAGGCAAUGAAGAAAAAGAGCUGAAACGGAUGUUGGACUGGGCUUUUGAAGGAUUUCUGCCAACAGGACCUGAUGGAUUUAUACCUGUUGACUCUUCUCCACACGGUCAAUCCUCUGACUCGACUCUGUCUGACGUCCCGCCUCCGGCGAAAAGAAAAUAUGUUUUAAAAAAUAAGGGAAAUGUCCCCGCCAUCAUCUAUAACAAAGAAUCAAUAAUAGAAGGCGUCAAAGAAAAGGGAAAAACAAUUGAAGAUUUUUGUUUGUCUUGUGGAUCAACUGAUAUUGACGUCCAGCACCCAUUAUUUAAAGGUGGUCUUUGUCUAAGAUGCAAGGCAAACUUCACAGAAACGUUGUAUCGCUACGAUGACGACGGCUACCAGUCGUACUGCACUAUAUGCUGUGCAGGCUUAGAGGUCAUUCUGUGUGGCAAUCCCAGCUGCUGCAGAUGUUACUGUAAGGACUGUCUGAACAUCCUGGUGGGCCCAGAAACCUUUGAUAAGCUGAAAGAUGUCGAUCCGUGGAGCUGCUACAUAUGCAAGCCAUCACAGUGUGAAGGAAACCUCAAACUCAGGGCAGACUGGAGUGUUAAGGUCCAAGACUUCUUUGUCAACAACAGCGCAAUGGAGUUUGAGCCUCACAGAGUUUACCCUUCAAUUUCUGCUGAUCAGCGCAGGCCAAUGAAGGUGCUCUCGCUUUUUGAUGGCAUUGCAACAGGAUAUCUGGUGCUCAAAGACCUGGGCCUUAAGAUCGAGCGCUACAUUGCCUCAGAGAUUUGUGACGAUUCAAUUGCUGUAGGGAUGGUCAAGCACGAGGGAAAGAUUGAAUACGUCAAUGACGUUCGCACCAUUACAAGGAAACAUCUGGCCGAAUGGGGUCCUUUCGAUCUUCUGAUUGGAGGCAGUCCAUGUAACGACCUGUCCAUGGUGAACCCUCUUCGAAAAGGAUUAUUUGAGGGUACUGGAAGACUCUUUUUCGAGUUCUACCGCAUACUGACCUUGUUGAGGCCGAAAGAGGACGACAACCGUCCGUUUUUCUGGUUGUUUGAAAACGUGGUUUUCAUGAGUGCCAAUGACAAAUCGGAUAUCUGCAGAUUUCUGGAGUGUAAUCCAAUUCUUAUCGAUGCAAUAAAAGUCAGUCCUGCGCACAGAGCACGCUACUUUUGGGGAAACCUGCCUGGCAUGAACAGACCUCUCGCUACAUCUCUAGACGACAAGGUGACUCUGCAGGAUUGUUUGGAAUCCGGACGCCAGGCAAAGUUUGACAAAGUCCGUACUAUCACAACAAAGUCUAACUCAAUAAGGCAGGGGAAGAUGGGACCGCUGCCCGUCGACAUGAAUGGCAAGGAAGACUACCUGUGGUGCACUGAAAUGGAACAGAUUUUUGGUUUCCCCAAACACUACACUGACGUGAACAACAUGGGCCGGAUGCAAAGGCAGAAAGUCCUGGGUCGCUCCUGGAGUGUGCCUGUGAUUCGUCACCUGUUUGCCCCCCUGAAGGAUUAUUUUGAAUGUGAAUAGCAACUGUGAAGCAAAUCCUCGCAUCAGAGCUGGAGCGGUAAACCUGAUGCCUUAUCCUGCCCCGCCUUGCUAGUUAGUUUAAACUCUCUGGUCUCUCUUUAGAGGACCGAAUGUAGCUUUGACUUUUAGAAAUAGUUUGUUCAUGAAUUCAUUUCUUUUUUGUUUUAUCCUGUCAGUCAUCAGUGAUCCUCCACCAC